AUGGUAGUACCGGGCCACCUAAAACUUGGCCCACGGAAGCAUGCUGAGGCCACGUGUUCUGAAGCGUCCUCCUCUUUGCAGGUGAACGAGCUCAAGGAGAAGGGCAACAAGGCCCUGAGCGCCGGGAACAUCGAGGACGCGCUGCAGUGCUACUCGGAAGCCAUCAAACUAGACCCACAGAACCAUGUGCUCUACAGCAACCGGUCCGCCGCCUACGCCAAGAAAGGGGACUACCAGAAGGCCUACGAAGACGGCUGCAAGACUGUCGACCUGAAGCCCGACUGGGCCAAGGGCUAUUCGAGGAAAGCGGCUGCUCUGGAGUUCUUAAACCGGUUUGAGGAGGCCAAGCGCACCUACGAGGAGGGUUUAAAACAUGAGGCCAAUAACCCUCAGCUCAAGGAGGGCCUGCAGAACAUGGAGGCCCGGCUGGCAGAGAGGAAGUUCAUGAACCCUUUCAACAUGCCCAACCUGUACCAAAAACUGGAGGGGGAUCCCAGGACGAGGUCCCUGCUCAGUGAUCCUUCCUACCGGGAGCUGAUAGAGCAGCUCCGGAACAAGCCCUCCGACCUGGGCACGAAACUGCAGGACCCGCGCGUCAUGACCACGCUCAGUGUCCUUCUGGGCGUCGACCUGGGCAGCAUGGAGGAAGAUGAAGAGGUCACCACGCCCCCACCCCCGCCGCCUCCCAAAAAGGAGACCAAACCUGAGCCCAUGGAAGAAGAUCUCCCAGAGAAUAAGAAGCAGGUCUCUUCCUUCCAUUUAAUUGCCAACAACCUAGCCACUGUUGGGGGUGGUGGGGGGAGCGGACGCAAGAGGACAUCAGUAGGCCUGGCGUGGCUGUGUCCCCCGUCCCCCGUCCCCCCCCCCAUGUGUAUCAAACAUUCCGAGGCUUCUUAG